AACAACCCAGAUUUUAAGAAGAUACUUUCAAAAUGGCAGCCAGCAUAGCCGCUGAGGAAAAACAACCUUUGGAAUUUACUGAAAUUUCUGAAAACAAGGCCAAAUACACCAAUAAAGAAUUCACAAAAAAGCACACACACUUAUAUAACACUAGAGGUGAUUUGAAAAUAAUAGUAGGAAAAGCAGCAAAGGCAACGUUUGUAGGCCAUAAAGCAGUACUAAAAGAUGCUCAUGAGUAUUUUGGUGAAAUGUUUUAUAAUCAGGGUAAAGAUGGAACUGAAACUUAUUUUAAAGAAAUAACCGCUAAUGGUUUUAAUGCAAUGUUCGAAUACUUUUACCAUGGAUGUAUAACAAUUGAACAGAAUUUAUUCCCGGAGAUUUUGGAGGCGGCGUCAUUCUUUAAAGUUGAGUAUGUUCUGGACGCUUGUCGCCACUUCAUGAUACACUGUCUUAGCGUUGUAGAUUAUCCGCUUACAGUCAAACUUGCUGGGCAAUAUGGACUAAAUGGUGUCAGUGACGAAAUUUGUAAAUGUUUUGGUACUUUUCUAACCAAGUUUGCAAAUGGCAAAAUGCCUUUCAAGGAUUGUUCAAAAGACAAACUUCUUGAUUUUCUGCGGCGAAAUGUCUUCACAGAGAUGUCUGAAUUCUCACUGUUACAGUAUGUUCUGAAAUGGGUAAACGUAAACAAAAAGAAACGAAAGGAUCACCUACUGCCAUUAUUACGCCUGAUAAGGUUUCAUAUCAUGGAAGCAGAAGAGCUGGAAAGCGUACCUGAUGAAAUACUAGCUAUGUCAGACAUCCGCAAAGAGGUCGAAGAUGCCAAGCUUUAUUGCUCAAAUGUGCCCGGGCAGUGUUUAACGGAAGGCAUCAAAUACCUGAGCCGUGGCUCAAAAAAGGUAGUGGUGGUGUCGGCAUUCAGUGAUGAAAGCGAUAGGACUGAGAGCAAUAUGUUUGGGUAUAAGGAACCAAAUACAGAUGAAGCAUCGUGGUUUGUUGAAGAGCUGGGUCCCUCUGGUUUGACAGCCGAUUACACUACCAUGAACCAAGCUACCAUAGGCAAUUUCCUAUUUGUUGCUGGUGGUUAUGACAAAAAUUGCACGAGCCGUGCAUGUGUAUUUAUGUAUGAUACAAGGACAAGAAAGUGGACUGAAGUGGAAAGUAUGUCUCAGGCUAGGGCCUCGUUUGCAAUGUGCAGUUCUAAAAAUAGACUGUAUGUCAUUGGUGGAGUAUAUCAAACAGCUAACGAAGAGCAAAUUCUUUCCUCUGUCGAAAUGUAUAGCCCCGCAGAAAAUGCAUGGCAGCCGAUUACUAGUUUGGUAAAUGGGUGUUUCAACCAAGCAGCUGUCCACUGCCAAAAUGGUUUGUACGUUAGUGGAGGAAUACAGGAUACAGAGCCGAUUUCCUCUUUCGUUUGCUUGCAAGAUGAUUUUGCAGAAUGGAAGUCAUUGCCAGGUAUGUCAGUCUGCCGUCAAGGUCACAGUAUGAGUACACUUGGUGGGAAGUGUUAUGUUUUAGGCGGGUACACAGCUAAACAAAACUCACCUGGUCUGGUUACAAACUGCGAUGUCAAUGAAGUCUUUGAUUUAGAAACAAAACAGUGGACAGUUCUCACAUCGACUCCAAAAGAAUAUGGGCAUCUGUACAGGCAUACAGGACUUGUGCAGAACAAAAUAUACUUUUUGUGUAAUAUGGACUCAAAUGUUUACAUAAAUAACUUCGACACUGAGUAUAACGAGUUUAACACUGGUGGUUUGGUUGGUAGGGGGGUUCACAAAGUAAGUAUUCUACAAGUUGCAUACUCCAGUUCUUGAAUAUCUGAACAUUACACAGAAUAUUAUACAUUAGCACCAUGUCCGUGUUUUAUAGAUUCUACUCGACCUGUGAUGUUUGUGGAGAAGGUAUUAUAUAUUAGUUCAAAGUUCUAGAACAAUAUUUUUCAUUGAUAGAUAUUACAUAUAUAAUAUGUAUUUGAUAUUUCGCAAUAUGUCCCACAAUAGCUAUAAUGGUAUCUUAUCUCAUCUACCACUCAAUAAUUCAUGUCCCACUCGAGCUAUAAUUCUUUAUUUCUUACCCUCCCGUUAACUACGUCGUCCGAUUUAUUUUCACUUCGACCGCUAAAUAGCAAGAUGGUAGCAGAUGUUAUGCCAUUGCAUUAUGUCGUUCUGUCGUAGCGGCAUUUGGCGUGACCACGUUCGGCGGGACCGAAAUGGCACAAAUCAGCCACUAUAUAAACUUGAUCCAUUGUCUGUAUUGUUUAAAUCAAUCUGUGUUAUACAUAUAAGUAUAUAUGUUAUAUUAACAAUCUAAAACAAACAUGAUAAUAGGACGGAAGAAACAUCUUGAAUUUACGAUGUCCCAUUGUGGUCACCGUGCUGUCGCUUUCGCAUACAAACCCAAGAAGUAUUGUUUUUUUUUCAAAAUUGACAUUUUUACUGCAUUAACAGAAUUUUAUUAAUGUCCAUUUUAAAAAAGAUUGCUACAUUUUAUGUGUAUUGAAAAAAAAGUUUUAUCAAACUAAUUUCUCCCUCCAUGCCAACCAUGUAAACAGGGAGUCACCUCAUUCACAUGAGAGUAAAGUAUCACUGUUCAUUCACUAUCCACAGCUGAUUUUAGCUGUAGUUGUGGAUAUCAUACGGAAGAUUUUGAGCACUAUCUUUUUCAGUGUCCUAAUUUUACAAGUCAAGAAUAGAUAUGUUUCAGUCGGCGAAGGACUACCACCCUUUAAAUAUGUAAACCUUACUUUUUGGGAACUCCUCUUUAUCAGCCAACGAUAAUACCUAUAUUUUAAGAAGUGUUCAAACAUUAAUCAAGGAUUCAAAGCGUUUAGAGCAUUGAAAUACUAGAGUGCAUUUUAUAUCCAAAUUUAUCUUGAUUUAGUUUUUGCAACUACACAAACAACAACGAAUUCUACAAAGCAACAAUUAAAAUAUCAGUGCUAUAUGAAAUAUAAAAUAUAUGUUGUACUCUAUCUCACUAGAUUUCAUUUUACUUUCUUUCUUCCUUCUAUUUUUGUUCUUUUCUCUUCAAUAAUAAAACAUUUAAAAAUUUUGUAAAGCUAUUUUAAUGUAGCCACAUCUCAUUAUGUAAUAAUGUUUAGAGAACUUGUUACCCAACCCUUUUGCAUAUAUCGUUGUUAAGUCUGUAUUUGAAAUGUAGUUAUAAUGUUAAUUUGUAUGCAAAAAGAUAUGUUUAAACCAUCA